AUGGCUGUUGGGGUCGCUAUUCUCGGUGGAGCUGUGGAGGCUGCAAAAGACCUGACCUUGAAGGCAGUUUAUUCUCGGUCCCUCAAGUCUGCUAGGACGCUUGAAGUGGACGAAUCCAAGAUUGAUCUCUACUCGGAUGACGCCGGGGCUGGGAAAUCACUCGAUGAUCUCCUGGCCCGCACUGAUGUCCAAGCAGUCAUCAUCGCCCUCCCCAUCAAGAAUCAACCAGACUACAUUCGCAGGGCAUUGCUAGCAGGAAAGCAUGUCCUGUCCGAGAAGCCCGUUGCCGAGAGCGUGAAAGACGCUGUUGAUCUCAUCAAAUGGUAUCGCUCUGAGAUUGCUCCCAAAAGCGUAACCUGGGCGGUGGCAGAGAACUUCAGAUACCUGAACUCCUUUGAUUAUGCUGCUGCAGCCGUCAAAACCAAGGGCCGGCAGUUGACUUUCAGAUGCCGCAUGCAGACUCUGGUCGAAGGAGGCAAAUACUUCGAGACUUCGUGGCGCAAGACGCCUACACACCAGGGAGGCUUCUUGCUCGACGGAGGCGUUCAUACUGUAGCAGCCCUUCGACUGAUGUUGGGUAAGGACAAUCCGCUGGUCACACUGUCGGCGCAUUCUGCACAGCUUCAAGAGCAUCUCCCUCCUGUCGACACCGUCGAGGCCACUGGCAAGACCAAGAAUGGCGCAGUGGGUACAAUUUCCAUGUCAUUUGGGACGACCGCAAAAGGGAGUGAGUGGAACAUUGGUUCCGAAAAAGGCUCCGUUAGCAUCUCCCGUGAUCAAGUCACAGUUGACGGCAAAACCGAGAAAGUCGAGGAUGAAGGCACAGGGGUGGCACCGGAAGUUAGGAAAUGGGGAGAAGCUCUAGUAGCCGGCACUAGCAAUGAGAGACAGUCGCCUGAAGAAGCUCUCGCAGACCUGGAGCUGAUUGAGGUAAUGCUGCGUAGCGGAGAGCAGGGCGGGGUACCGAUUAAGUUGGAGCACCAGGAAGUGUAG